UUGCCCUCACCGGGUCGCAACUGGUCGCCGGCGACUGCUCGAAUCGGCCCGACCGCCACCGCUGUCGCUGCCAUCCUAGCCGAUGCCACGAGACUAGAGAAAUUAGAUCGGCAUAAUCAAGAAGCUCUCCACCGUGAAUUUCUCGAUCUGAUAAUGAAUCCGGCGAGAAGCUCUCCACGAGACCGUGUCCUCACACCGAAAAAUUUCUACGACCUACAGCCCGAAACAAGCGCUUUCCUUCUCUGCAACCUUCCUCCGGCCGUCGCAGUCGCGGAACACCGCCGUAAAACAUCCUCCUACAGACGCAGCAAUGAUUUUGACGGUGCCGCCAUAAAUGUGAAGCGUGAGGUCUGA